AUGUUGUCGACUGUAGCGCUGUUUCUUCUGCUGGUUUUGCUUUUCUGGCUUUUAUUUUCAACUGGAAGGCCUAAAAACUUUCCUCCAGGCCCUCGGCCAUUACCCAUCCUUGGAAACUUGCUGGAGCUCAGUCUGGAGAAUCCCGUCGCAGACUUUCAGAGGCUGGCCAAACGUUACGGGAACAUCUACAGCAUUUUCAUGGGUCCCAGGCCGGCGGUCAUCCUCAACGGACUGGAGGCCAUCAAAGAAGCUCUGGUCAACAAAGCUGCCGACUUCUCUGGCCGGCCGCAGAGCCAGAUGGUCAACCGGGCCGUUCAGAUUAGAGAGAACGCUCCAGGAUUAAUUUUGGCAGAUUACACCCCGAACUGGAAGGAACAGCGCCGCUUCAGCCUGAUGACCCUGAGGAACUUUGGUCUGGGGAAACAGUCCAUGGAGCAAAGGAUUCUGGGUGAAUUAGAGCACAUCACAAACAUUCUGGAGCAGAGUGUUGGCGGAACCAUGGACCCUCAGCUGCUCUUCCACAACGCAGCGUCCAACGUCAUGUGCCAAGUCCUGUUCGCGAAACGCUACAGCUACGACGACACGUUCCCAAAGUUCUUUGUUAAAUAUUUCCACGACACGUCAAAGAUAAUCAAUGGCUUCUGGGGCAUGAUCUAUGACUUUGUUCCAGUGGUGCGCAGCCUGCCGCUGCCAUUCCAGCAGGCCUUCAAGCUGUUCAAGAUUGCUCAUAAACUGUAUGAUGAAGAAGUGCUCGAGAGCAAAAAGACCAGAAUUCCAGGCGCGCCAAAACAUUUUAUAGACUGCUACCUGGAUGAGGCGGAUAAGAGAGGAAACGAAGCCUUAUUUACUGAAGAUCAGCUGGCAACCAUGCUUGUAGAUAUUCACUACGCAGGAACUGAUACGACCGCCAACACCACACUCUUCAUUCUCUUCUACCUGAUAAAUUACCCAGAAGUACAAGAGCGCUGUCAGCAGGAAAUCGACCGUGUUCUCCAGGGAAAGGACCGAGUCAGUUUUGAAGACAGGCACCAGAUGCCUUACGUACAGGCGGUUAUUCAUGAAAUCCAGAGGAUGGCCAACACGGUGCCGCUGGGCGUGGCUCACUGCACCUCCAGAGACACGGAACUGAUGGGAUUCUCCAUCCCAAAGGGAACCAUCGUUAUCACCAACAUGGCGUCAGUGCUGUUCGAGGAGGGAAAGUGGAAAUUCCCUCACGAAUUCAACCCCGAAAACUUCCUCAGCCACCAGGGAGAGUUCAUGAAGCCGGAGGCCUUCAUCCCUUUCUCUGUCGGGACUCGGAUGUGUCUGGGGGAGGGUCUGGCUCGCAUGGAGCUCUUCCUCAUCACCGUGUCUCUGCUGAGGAAGUUUCAGUUCGUCUGGCCGGAAGAUGCAGGAGAACCGGACUUCACGCCGAUAUUCGGGGUGACCCAGACACCCAAACCAUUCCGAAUGAAGAUCCAGCUCAGACUCGGUUCCUCGUAG